CAGUCUCUACUGAUAUACAGCUGUUUGUUACUAAACCAUGGGAUGAUUACUGCAAGCAGAGUUGAUCCUCCUUUGAACCUCGAAGUUAUUCGGAAAAGCGAUGACCGAGACCAAAAUGCGGAGAGAAAUGGUUUCGGCAGGUUACAAAUGGGUCGCAGCUCUCUGAUGCCACCCAGUGCUGGGAAUGCGACUAACGCUAUCGAGGCAGCUAACGGGAGUCUGGUUUAUGGUCAUGGUUACCAGUCGGACCAGGUUCUUUACAAAGGUGAUCAGGAGAGACUGGAGCAGUUGGGGCUGUCAGUGCAGUGUGGCCAUGAUGGCAUGUCAUUGAAAUUGAGGGGAAAUAAGGUUUCCCACCUGCGGGUGGGUAGAGAUGGUGCCCCAGCAGUACCCCUGUCACAGCUGCCUUCCCACUGUGGCUUCUCUGUCAGACGGGCACGACGAGAUGCAACACUGGUGGCUCCCUAUAAUGGCUGCUAUGUGACCAGACAGCGUGGCUAUUAUACCCUGCCACUGCAAGUCUGGGGGAUUCCUGUAAUGAUGUCCUGUCCUGAGAGUUCCCCCUCUCCCCCUACGGUCUCCUGUGGCUCCUCCAGUAUGGUGGUUAAGCUGGAGGGGGCUGUAGCAGAAGAGCUUAGUGUAAAGGUGAGUGGCUCAUGGGAACCCCUGCUGGCAGUCUGUGGGAAAUGUGGUUACAACGUGGACCAAGGCCCUGGACAGCUGCUUAUUACAGUUCCCUUUACCACACCCUGUGUGGAGCUGAGGGACUCAGGCCCUACCUUGAGGCUGCGUUCUGCAGGUGGAGAGAUGACCCUGGUGUGCCCUUUGACAAGUACUCCUACUCCAGCUACACCUUUGAUAUAUUUCCCAUACUAUACCAUUACUACUCCAGCACCUACCACACCCCCAUAUCCUAAAUUCCCAGCAUUCUACCCGUGGUUUCCUUUUAGCUUGUUAAAAGCUCCAGUUACUACAACUGUUGCUCCCACUGUAUUUCCACCUGUGUAUCCCCCGUUUGCUCCCUAUCCUGUCCCUUACUACCCAGUUACCCCAAAGCCUACUCCUGCUGUCCCCAAAUACCCCUUUCCAUUCUGGUAUUUCAAGGGUCCAACUACCCCAAAGCCUACUCCUGCUGCCCUCCAAUACCAGUUCCAAAACCCCCCUAAAUUCUGGUAUUCCUUGAUAGGUCUACCUACCCCAAAGCCUACUCCUGCUGUCCCCAAAUACCCCUUUCCAUUCUGGUAUUUCAAGGGUCCAACUACCCCAAAGCCUACUCCUGCUGUCCCCAAAUACCAGUUCCAAAACCCCCCUAAAUUCUGGUAUUCCUUGAUAGGUCUACCUACCCCAAAGCCUACUCCUGCUGUCCCCAAAUACCCCUUUCCAUUCUGGUAUUUCAAGGGUCCAACUACCCCAAAGCCUACUCCUGCUGCCCUCCAAUACCAGUUCCAAAACCCCCCUAGAUUCUGGUAUUCCUUAAUGGGUCUACCUACCCCAAAACCUACUGCUGCCGUCCAAUACCAGUUCCAAAACCCCCUUAAAUUCUGGUAUCCCUUGGGUUCUCCUACCCCUACGCCACCUACUGCUGCCCUCCAAUACCAGCUGUACAGUGGUUCCUUUCCCUAAGCACCCUGUAAUGUAUCAGCUGACCCAAAUAACAUACCAAAUCCCCUACUGCACUUUCUGAUCCUAUUGUCCCAAUGAGGUUGUAGCAGUCAAAUCCUUAUAGUCAAUUUGCUUAAAUCCCUUCAUCUAGUCCACUAACCAGUUUUCCACAAUGCCCUCUAACACUGCUUUGGGAAAACCCCACUAUCAACCAGUUUACCCAGUACAUUCACUGCAAUCUUCUGCUAGGCUUUUCCCCACAGCUUGCCUUGUGUGCCAGACUGCCAGUCAGGAAGGUGGUCGCCAUGAAUUUUGCUAUAGACUCAUAUUGGGUGGUGCUGUUUAGGGUAGCUUACUGAUGGAAUGGAUUUGUAUUUGCUUCUGAAUAUUGAUGUACUUUAGGCAGUUUGCUUGAUUUCCUGAGCAGCUGUGAACCUUAAAUGGAAUGGUCUAUAUUCAACUGCUGUUACUGAUUUAAAUACCUGUAAAUGUCUGGCAAAUUAAGAUUUGCAUCAAAAGAAUUCAACUGGGAGUACAUUCCAGCUACCAUCUGACUAAGAAAUGCCAUUUUCCAGCUGUAUCAAACUGGUGCUGAAUAAAAUUGGUAAUAUUAAA